UUAUGAAAAAAGAUAAAACGACAACCCACAAAACAUAUCUACAAAUGUAUUUAUCUUUGUGUUAAAACAUUUAACUUUUAACUUUAUUUGUGUUUGCAGUUGCGACAAAAGGUAUUUACUUCAAUGGAUCCAACUUUGUUGCACAAAGUGGAGCAUCUUAGAUCACCACCACAAGCUCACUCCAGCCCAGGAACUACCCCAGGGACAAUCAGUCUAGCCCACGGGACGAUGUUACCAGCACUCAACCUCAACAGCAGCCUGAUGAACAAGAUUCACAAGACGACAUCUUACAGUUCCCCACCGCCAGUAGCAAAUAAUCCGGACAACAAUGUGUGCAAACUUAUCGACUACCGUGGGGCCAAGAUAGCCGCCUUUGUUGUGGAGGGUAGGGAACUUAUUUGUCUCCCUCAAGCUUUUGAACUGUUUCUGAAGCAUCUUGUUGGAGGACUACACACUGUAUAUACCAAACUAAAGAGACUAGACAUAACUCCAGUAGUGUGUAAUGUUGAGCAGGUCCGGAUUCUCCGGGGGCUGGGAGCUAUCCAGCCCGGGGUCAACAGAUGUAAACUCAUCUCUUGCAAAGAAUUUGAUGUUCUGUACGAAGACUGCACAAAUUCAAGUGCCAGACCAGGACGACCACCAAAGAGAAGUCCAUCCAUUCAUGCUAGUCCAGAUACCCUAGAGAAACUCAAGAAAAGCAGACUGGAUACAGACUUCCAAUAUGACCCAAGACUAUUUGCAGACAGGAAAGCUUUAUUCAAUGGAUUUGCACACCAUCCAUAUGCCAUGGGACCAUUGCCAUUCAUGCCAUUCAACAAUCACAUGUUAUCUCCUCCUGUUUCCUUGGCGAUGGCCUCUCACCUUGGCCUACGACCUGAUGGAUCCAUGAUGAAGGACAGAUCAGGUUCUGAAUCUGAUGUUAUAUCACCAAGGAUAAGAGAUGACAGGUUGGAGAUGCUACAGAAACCAAUGAGAUCUUCUCCUACUUAUGACAUAGAUAACAGGGCAUCAGACUAUGAUAACAAUCGACCUUUGAACCUCCACAUAAAUGGACAUGCUAAAGACUUGCCACAGAACAAAAGUGAUGAUUUGUCAGAUGAAGAAGAUGAUAGAUUGUCAGAUGAAGAUAGGGAUGAUGAUUUGGACAAUAGUAACAGUGAGAGUGAUGCAUUAAGUGAGAAUGGAGAAAAGACAGUAACCCAACAGAACAACUUCUCUAAUCCAUUGUUAAAUGGAGAAAAUGCAUCCAUAUCAUCUAUAGAAACUCUACUCCUCAACAUACAGGGGCUGCUGAAAGUGGCUGCUGAGAAUGCACGUCACCACGAAAGGCAACUCAGUUAUGAGAAAGCUGAGUUGAAAAUGGAAUUAUUAAGAGAGAGAGAAGUAAGAGAAGGAGUAGAGAAACAAUUGGAUGAAGAGAAGAAAUCAAAAGGCAUUCUGAUACGAAGACUAAAGAAGGAAAGAAGAGCCAGAAAAAGGGUACAAGAAAGAUUAGAAAACCCCACAACAACAGAAACAGUAAAAGCAGUCCAAGAAACAGUAGCUAGUCCUCAGUCUGUUAAACAUUUUCAUGGCAGUGACUCUACAACAGAGAGAGAUACAGACAAAGACAGCAGUAAUUCUGAUUCAGAAUCCAAACAUGUCACAGAAUCACAAGACAGAAGUUCACGACCAUUAUUUGAGAGUUUCUUGUCUCAUGCCGGAAAUCCCAACCGCUAUCCAUACCUUCCAAUGGCAAAAAGUACGGAAGUACAGUGACUAUUUUAUAAACGUUGACAAUGGGUGCUGAAGAUUUUAUAAACUCAGUGUAAAAUCAAACUUCACAGGGACCGUUGAAUUUAGAUGUUGUACUGGAUAUUGACCCCAUGUAACAGAAGUAUACUCAGUGAAACGUCACAGUUUAAGAUUGUAAGAGCAAAGGACUCAAGGUUGUGUGAAGACGAACAUUUGUAAACAUGUUAAUUUAAAUUAAGUGUAUGUUUUUGUAUUCACUAGAAGAGAUGAAUUUUGGGACACUUGUAACAGACACAACAGUAUUUGUAUGAAAUCUUUUCUGAAUGAGCUAAAUUAUUCUUUAAAUAGCAAUACUUACGAUCUCAAGCUAGACAUUACAAUAGUUUGGGUAAUUUACCUAUGUUUUUAUGUUUAGUUACUUUAUACCAACUUUGAUGGCAUUAACUGAUAAUGUUGAAUGAUGGAGCUAGAAAUUAUUUUCAGUGUUUUUGUAAGAAAAAGUGUAUUUCUGGUCUCAUUUUGAUGUUAUUAAAAUAGAUUUUGGAAUAAUGGGAUUUCCUAAACCUUGUCCUUGAUUUUUAACUGAUGCAUAAUGCAGCAGCUUAAUCAAAUAAUUUAUGUAGACCAUUAUGAUACACAUUAAGUACAUGUCUUAUGAAAAUAUCAUUAAUAUAUUGUGAAAUGAUACAGGGAGUAAAACAACAACUUGUAAUAAGCUUAUUCAUGAAACACAGAUAAUAUUGCUAGUUGUAUUUAUCACAUUAUUUAGACUUUUUUAGAUGUUAGAUGAUCUUCUAUACAAGUUCUGAGGGGUUUUUUCAAAUGUACUUAACUUACACUGUAAAAGUUCUUUGUAUUUCUAUAUUCAAUUAAAAAUCCUUAGUAGAAUUUCACUAUGCCAUUCAAGUUUUAGUUUUAUGAGAUGUCAGUUCAUUAAAGAUAAGUUUAGAACAGUCACAGUGUUUGAUCUUAAAAUUUAGUUUCACCAAAACUAUGUUUGUUCUUUGAUUUGAUGAACAUGAAUUGUUGUUUCAGUUUGUUUUACUGAAUUCUGUGAAAAUGUGAAAGUGAAAGUAGGAUGAUGAAAAUGAAAGUAGAAUGAUAUACAUAUGGAAUUAGGUCGAUGUUUUGUACAUAAAGAAUAAUAGUGCAAUAUACCUUUGUAAGUGGAGAAAUGUUUUAUGUAUUUUUUGUAAUUUGUCCCAUUUUUAAUAGACAUUAUGCCAUGUUUUAAAUAUGUAGGUUUAACUAGCUUUAUACUAAGGACAGUGGUCAUGCACUUGACCUUAAUGUCUCUUUUAUGAAGGAAGGGGUCUUUGAAUAGCUAAAUAUAUUUCCAUACAUUUAAAUGUCCACUUUGAUUUUCAUUGAUCAGACUUUAUUUUUACCGAAAAUUGAAAACAACAUCUUUGUGGAUAUAAUCAUGAAGAAAACCAGUAACAAUCCUUAAUGAGACACAAAAUAAAACUAGGGAAAAUAGUUUACAAAACAUGAGAUACACCUAUAAAACCUGAUAAUUGUUAACAAAACCAGAGAUAAUCCUAACAAGGCCAGAAGAAUUUAACCCUUUGAAAAUGAAGUCAAUUUUUUCCUACAUCACCAUGCCAGUACACUUUUCUAUGAUGUACAUCCCUAAAGAAAUUGAAAUUCCUGAAAAUCAGCUGUACCAAUGAAUUGAAUGCUAAGGUUUUAUCAUCCAUUUUCACAAAUAACACAGCUACUGGAUACUGGCACACUUAAAGGAUGAAAAUAACUUUAUAUUCAUAUAUAGUACAUAUCUCCCAUAUUUAAAGGAUGAAAGUGUGAAUAUAUUUUUUUUAGAAUAGCUUUAAUAAUUAUUCUAAAAUAAGAAGAACCUUAAUUUUUAAAGGAAGCGUUGUUUUAGCUGUUGUAUGAGAAAGACCAAUUUUUUAUCAUUAUUAUUCUGAAUUUGUCAAAUGUUUGACUUAAAUAAUUGUAUGAGUAAAAAGAACAGUUGCCUGGCAGUUUUAAUGUCAAGAAAGACAACUCUCUACGGGAGAUAAUCUUUGUAUUGUGUAAAAGGGAGAUAACUCCUUACAAAAAGUGUGUGUAUUUAUAUGUAGAUAAAAUACACAUUCCUUAUUAAUUGUUAAAUAUAUGCCAAUAAAUUUAAGAAAUACA